AUGGCAGAUACACAAAACAAGGAAGUCGACCAAAUCUCCGGGGUCGAGACGACCGGCCAUGAAUGGGAUGGUCUUAAGGAACUGAACAAUCCCUUGCCGAGAUGGUGGCUGUACCUCUUCUACGUCACCAUCGUAUGGGCCGUAAUCUACUGGGUGCUUUAUCCCGCAUGGCCCCUGGUCAACGGGUACACACACGGCAUCCUGGGCUCGAACCAGCGCCAGGAAGCAGUUGCUGCCUACGAAAAGGGGAUCGCGGAGCAGUCCGAGUUUGCAGACAAGAUCGUGGCAACUGCACUUGAGGACAUAUCCAAGGAUCAGGAGCUGUUGCAGUUUGCGCUGGCCAGCGGACAGGCUGCGUUUGGUGACAACUGCUCACCUUGCCAUGGCUCGGGUGGCACGGGUGCGGAAGGGUAUCCCAACCUCCAGGACGAUACCUGGAUCUGGGGUGGAACGCUGGAUGACAUCCACACCACGCUUCUCCAUGGCAUUCGCUCGGAAAGUGAAGACACGCGCUUCGGCGACAUGCCGGCUUUCGGUAGCGAUGAAUUGCUGAGCAGGGACGAAAUAAACCAGGUUUCCAACUUCGUCGCCUCCCGUGCCGGUGUCGAAACCGAUGACGGUGUGGACCUGGCUGCCGGGCAAACCCUCUAUGAGGACAAUUGUGCCGCCUGCCACGGCGACAAUCUGGAAGGCCUGCAGGAAGUCGGAGCGCCGAGCCUGAUGUCUGCGAAUUACCUUUACGGAAAGACGCUCGAUGACAUCAAGAGGCAGGUAGCCACCCCGCGCAACGGUGUGAUGCCGGGAUGGGUUGACCGCCUUGACCCGGCAACCGUCAAGUCGCUUACCGUAUACGUCCACUCCUUUGGCGGUGGUCAGUAA